GCCGAUCCCGGGUCUUCCCCUGCCGAACCUGCCGUGAGCUGAGCGGUACGAGGCGAGUUCUGGGAUCCCUGAUCUUCCCUCAACUCCUAGCAGUGUCUCGCCUCGGAUCAGCUGCAAAAUCGACAGGGCCUGGCGUUCUUCUCUUUCUUUCUUGCCACUCUUAAGCUGGCCUCCAAGAUCCCGGGAUCGGCAGGAGGGACCUGAGCCUUGGAGUUAGGAUGGGAAAUAGUGCCCUCCGCGCUCAUGUGGAAACCGCGCAGAAGACUGGUGUCUUUCAACUUAAGGACCGUGGGCUGACCGAGUUCCCCUCAGAGUUGCAGAAGCUGACAAGCAAUCUCAGGACCAUCGACUUGUCCAACAACAAAAUCGAGAAUCUGCCGCCUAUGAUCAUAGGGAAGUUUACUCUGCUAAAGAGCCUCUCCUUGAACAAUAACAAAUUAACUGCUCUUCCUGACGAGUUAUGCAGUCUGAAGAAACUGGAGACACUAAGCCUAAACAACAAUCAAUUGAGAGAGCUGCCAUCUACUUUUGGGCAACUAUCUGCCCUUAAGACCCUGAGCCUCUCUGGGAACCAGCUGAGAGCUCUGCCAUCGCAGCUGUGUAGCCUAUGGCACCUGGAUGUAGUGGAUCUCUCCAAGAACCAGAUUCGGAGCAUACCUGAUAUAGUCGGGGAGCUGCAGGUCAUUGAACUCAACCUCAACCAGAACCAGAUAUCUCAGAUCUCAGUGAAGAUAUCUUCUUGUCCUCGUCUUAAAGUUCUUCGUCUGGAGGAGAAUUGUCUUGAGCUCAGUAUGCUUCCACAGAGCAUCCUCAGUGAUUCGCAGAUCUGUCUGCUUGCUGUGGAAGGCAACCUUUUUGAAAUUAAGAAACUUCGAGAACUGGAAGGCUAUGAUAAGUACAUGGAGAGGUUCACAGCUACCAAGAAGAAAUUUGCAUGAUGUCCUCCAGGAGCAUGGGAACUACAGAGUACACUGACUUGGAACCUGUUGCAAUCGGGCUGACUGAAAGGCUCCUGUUGUCAAGGGUAUCUGCUGUUAAGAAGAUGAUACUCCAGGAGGUCACAUUUCACGCAGUGAUUGUUUUCCUUUCCAGGGCUCAUCUUAAAUAAGCUAAAAGGAAUCAAGAGACAGGAAGCGUCCUCCAUUUUGAGUCAUGGAUAGGGCAAAGGACAAUUGAUUGAUUUUCAAAACCAUCACUACUUUGGCUUUAAGAAACCCAGUAGCUAGUUGCUAUGUAUACAGUGAGGGGAUGCUGCCUGGUACCAGAAUAGCUCCACACAACAGCUUGAAAUCUCAUGUGUUUCAAUGUGUGAGCUUUCAUAAAAUCAGUUGCCAUUCCACCUCUGUGUUAACACUUCAUGUUUUUAGGAAAUUCAGGUAAUUCAUGAGAGGCCACUAUGGUUAAUCUGAGGAUUUAUGAUUUUAUUUCAGUCCCUCCAAGUAUUUAUUCGUAGAAUUUAGGAUGUUUGUAAAUAUAUGACUCUUGAUUAACAAUGUACUUUGCCAGAGAAACAACACAAGAGGUGUUCCGCAAGGCUGCAGUAGCAAUUUUUUUUUUUAACUAUUGCAGGUGCCUUAUUGAGAAGAGCUAAAACUGUAUAUGCAAAACUUGUAAGAUACAAGGGUUUUAAUAAUCAAGUUUUUCCUGAAGUUUUAUUAGAAAUAAUGUCUUAUUUCUGGUAAUCUUUUUGUAUUUAUAACUAUUAAUAAUCAAAUUACCUAUCAAAAAACUACUGCUACAAUAUUUUACAACUUAUGUUUAUCAAAUUUAUUCUCUGAAGAAGAGAAUAUACUAAAUAAAGAUUUUUUAAAUAACUAUGGCUGGAAGAAAGGUUAAUCCUUUAAAGGAAGAAGACAGGGGAACUUUAACCUGUAAAUGGCCUUUUGAAAAUAUCUAAUUAAUGGGACUUUCCUGGGAGUCCAAUGGUUAAAGAUUCCAUGCUUCCACUGCAGGAAGCAUGGGUUCGAUACUGGUCAGGGAACUAGGAACCCACAUGCCACACAAUGCAGCCAAAAAUUAAAAGCAAAAAAGGAAACUGAUUAGGGAGAAAUAUUUCAUCUUCUUGUUCAGGUUGCAAGAGUACUGAAAUGCUUUCAUGUGACUGAUAAAUAUUUUUGUGGUACUGGAACCAUGCUUAUUAAGAGAAACUAAAGGUAUAAAAGUAAAUAAUAUCAGACUGCUAUUGACAUGAACAUUUAGAAAGCUUCCACUGUUUUCUGAAGUUUUGUCUUAGCCAAGGGGCUGUUAUUUACCAUGUAUUGUUAGUUCUCAUUUUACAAACCUAGUUUAACCAUUAAGUCAUGAGAUCACAAGAACCUAGUGUUUAUCUGAGGAAAGUCUCUGUGACCUUAAAUCUGGUCUAGGGGUUCUCUUCUUCCCAUGUCAUUCUCUGUUUCUCAACUAGGGGAGGGAUGGGGGUGCCUGUUUAUCAUCAUUA